AUGGAUCUACCUACGUGGCGACCGGCCCCAGCAGCUCAGAUAGACCUUCAGAAGGAGUGGAACGACUUCCGAAAAAGAGUCAAGUUUGACAGACCUGAAUUCAGAGUAUCCGCAUUAGUCAAUGGAGAACAGGUCAGCAGAACUUUAGUGGACACCGGUUGUACUACAUAUGGUAUGGUUUCUGAGAAUUUUACCCGAAAACAUCAACUGGAGCGUGUAACCAUCAAACCACGAACUAUCGACGACUACAAGGGCCCAACAGAUGACUGUAUAAGGGAGGUAGCGAAAAUCUCAUUGAACGUGGGGGGAAACCACCAAAACACUGCAUGGCUGUAUGUUGUUCCUAAACUGGGUAGGGGACUCGACAUGAUUUUAGGCCUCGCAUGGAUAGACGACCAACAAGUGUUUAUCGACCCGAACGGCCCGAAAUUGCGCUUCACAAAUGGCAUUGUUGUUAGCAGCAUGGAAGAUCAACCACGAAUGGAUAUCCAGCCCAUCGGGGCGAACGCUUUUGCACUAUGGAACCGACAAAAGAAAAAGGACAGCAGCGUACAGAUUUUCGCCGCAAGUUUAAAGGACAUUGAGAAAGCAUUACGACCCAAAUUGCCGACAGACCCCCGCACCAAACUACCACCUCAUUACCAUAAAUUCCUAUCAGUAUUUGACCGGAAGGAAGCUGACAAGCAACCACCACAUCGAGGGCCAAAUAUCGACCAUAAGAUUGAACUCAAUAAGAAUGCCGAUGGAACGACCCUUGAACCUCCAUGGGGCCCCCUUUAUAAUAUGUCAAGGGACGAACUGCUUGUGCUACGGAAGACAUUGACAGAGUUGUUGGAAAAGAACUUCAUACGUGUUAGCAAUUCGCCUGCUGCAGCACCUGUAUUGCUUGUCAAGAAACCUGGUGGAGGCUUGCGAUUUUGUGUCGACUACCGAGCACUGAACGCCAUUACAAAGAAGGACCGCUACCCCCUACCACUAAUCAAUGAAACAUUGGAAAGAAUUGGGAAAGCAAAAUGGUUCACCAAGUUGGAUGUUAUUGCUGCUUUUCACAAGAUUCGUGUCGCUGCCGGCGAUGAAUGGUUGACUGCAUUCCGAACUCGAUUUGGGCUGUUUGAAUGGCUUGUAACACCAUUUGAACUAGCCAAUGCACCGAGCACCUUCCAACGCUAUGUCAAUUGGGUCCUACGAGAUUUCCUAGAUGAAUUCGCUUCUGCUUACCUCGACGACAUCUUGAUAUUUACGGAUGGGACAUUGUCAGAGCAUCAAGGGCAUGUCUGCAAAGUAUUAGGCCGUCUCCAAGAGGCCGGCUUACAGAUUGAUAUUGAUAAAUGCGAAUUUGAAGUGAAGUCAACAAAAUAUUUAGGAUUCAUUAUUGAGGCAGGAAAAGGUGUCAGCAUGGAUCCAGCAAAGGUUGAAGCAAUCAUGAACUGGGCUGCCCCUACCACUGUGAAAGGUGUCAGGUCAUUUUUGGGAUUCGCGAACUUCUACAGACGUUUCAUCCGAAACUAUUCUGAACUUACAACUCCACUAACAGCGUUGACUCAAAAAGAUAAACCCUUUGUGUGGGAUGAUAAAUGCGAGGAAAGCUUCCAACAGUUAAAAAGGAUGUUUACAACAGCACCAAUCCUCAUGCAAUUUGAUCCAGACCGCGAGACUGUCGUCGAGACUGACUCAUCAGGGUGGGCCACUGGUGGCGUACUUUCACAGUAUGAUGAUGAUGGUGUAUUACGACCUUGCGCGUACUUUUCCAAGAAAAACACUCCUGCAGAGUGCAACUACCAGAUUCACGACAAGGAACUUUUGGCGAUCAUCAAUGCAUUGAAAGAGUGGGAAUCAGAGCUCAUAUCAGUGGUAAAUUUCCAGAUACUGACAGACCAUCGUAAUCUCCGUUAUUUUACCACCAUGAGACGACUGAAUGAGAGACAGAUGAGAUGGGCAGAUCUAUUGAGCCGAUACGACUUCACACUUCAUUACCGACCAGGGAAGCUUGCAGGGCGCCCUGAUGCACUGUCUCGACGAGAGCAGGAUGUUCCUGUAUUGGGUGAUGAACGGCUAAAGCAUCGCGAACAACGACUAUUCGAUCCUGAGAUCCUCAAGGAUGGACCAGUUGAAGGAAGCAGCAAAAGAGGACUAGUUGAAGAACCCCAUCCCAUCAAUGUGUCCCGGAUCCUUCUAGCACCAGUUGGCACGGAGCCCUGUAACAGUGAGCCAAGCGCACCUCAAGGAUAUGAACAGGCGAAUGAACCCACCAAUCUCAAUAGUGAGCGACCGUCGUUGGAAGAGCUACUGGAUAUGACUCUUGAUGAACAUUGGGCUCGGGUAGAGCCACUAGAUGAAAAGUAUGGUCGUAUACGAGAAGCAGUGCAAGUAGGAGCACCUCAAUUCCCACGUGAACUGGGGAUCAAAGCCUCAAUCUCAGAAUGCUCAAUUGAACCGAACAACCGCUUGUGCUACCGAGGCCGGCGAUGGGUCCCUGACAUUGAAUCUCUGAGGACAAGGUUGCUACAAGAAACACAUGACUCGGUACUUACAGGCCAUCCAGGGAGGAGCGCAAUGUAUGCUAUCCUGGCACGAAGGGUCUACUGGCCUGCAAUCUCUGAGGAUGUCAGACGAUUUGUACGGAACUGUGACAAAUGCAGUGCCAACAAUGUAUGGAGAGACCGCCGACAAGGCCUACUGAAGCCUCUACCAAUUCCAGACCGAAAAUGGAGAUAUAUUGCAAUUGACUUCAUCGAGAAGUUACCAACUUCGAAUGGUUAUGAAAACAUCAUGGUUAUUGUCGAUCACCUUGGAAAAGGUGUCAUCCCCAUACCCUGUGAGAAGAUCGACACCUACACAGUAGCACAGAAGCUUAUUCAGAGUUUCAUUGGCUAUCAUGGCAUUCCAGCCAGUAUUGUAUCAGACAGAGGAAGACAAUUCACCAAUGAGAUGUGGAAGCGUUUUUGCGAGCUACUGGGGAUCAAACGACAAUUAUCAACUGCCUACCACGCUGAAACCGACGGCCAAACUGAGCGAAUGAAUGCUACUCUUGAACUAUUCUUGCGCUCAUUCUGUGACCACACACAAUCAAACUGGGCGUCAUUGCUACCAAUGGCACAGCUUGCAAUAUGCAGCCGGGAUGCUGCCUCCACAGGUGUCAGUCCAUUCUUCCUUGACCACGGCUACCACGUCGAUCCCUUUCAGUUAGAAGAGGAUGUUGAAAUCAACCUUUCAGCACCAGACCUGGGCACCAUGCGUGAACGAGGUGAACGAAUUGCAGCCAAGCUAAGGGGAGCUCUUGACAUUGCCACAACAGAACUUGCUGUUGCCCAACAGAAACAAGAAGACUAUGCCAAUCGUCGAAGAGAUGUCGCCCCUGAAUACCAGGUUGGGCAGAAAGUCUGGCUUGACCUGCGCAAUAUACAAACAGAACGCCCUAGCAAGAAACUGGGAAGCAGGCAGGCAAAAUUUACUGUGUUGGAAAAGAUUGGAUCCCACGCCUACCGCCUCAACACACCAGGCACAAUCCACAAUGUGUUUCAUACAGCGCUCCUCCGCCCAGCGGCAAUGGAUCCCUUCCCUAGCCAACGGAAAGAUGACUACCAACCUCCUGCAGAAAUGAUCAAUGGGAAUGAAGAAUAUAUGGUCGAACGAAUACUAGAUGAGCGUUUUCGACGGUGGGGACGAGGCGAAAGACAUGAGUUUUUAGUCAAAUACAUUGGCUGGCAGGAACCGGAAUGGAACGAUGCAAGGAACAUGGAGGAUACCAUAGCAUUGGAUGACUGGGAAACCUACAAAACGAUGAAUGGGAUUGUUAUUCAAUCGGCCUUGAGUAUACCAAAUGAGCCACCCCACGCCGGGGGGCGAUCGCGGAGGCGACGAGGAGGGGGGUAA